AUGGCUCCGCGACUCCGGGCUGUGGCCCUGACUCUGGUAAGGUGCACAGCUUGGCAGCUGCUCGACCGAAAUUGUUGGCCCGACUUCUCUGCGCACUAUGCGAGUUGUUGUCAGGAGGGCAUCCCUCCAAGUCCUCAGUGCUUUGAUGAGUCCAGAACUUUCGAGAAGUGUUGCAGAUGCCAAAAUGGCGCAGAGCUCUCCCUGGGGCACCGGCUGACUCAGCAAUUCUUUGGGCCCUUGCUUUGUCAUCCAUCAGUGGCAACACAUGAAGAUGACUUCUGGAUUCAGCACAAAGGUAAACGGCGGCUUUUGCGCAUUUUCAUGUAUCCUCUUCCACGAAUGUUCAACGCGGAUCUACUGAACAGACUCCAGCUCGGUGGUUGGAUGGAUGGAAGCGAGUGCGACUAUGGUUUAACUGCCUGCACCGAAUCAAAGUGGAAUGGUCUCUUUUCUGUGUACCGUCAAUUUGCUACAGAGAUUCUGGUGCUUCUGAAGUUCCUGGCUGCACCAGAGGGCGUGCUAACGGAAGACCCUGAAGAGGCGGAUCUUUUUGUGGUCCCUUACUUUGCCAAAACUGACUGUGCUGAAAGCGGCAACGCGGGGCGUGAUCCGUGUUGGGGAAAGUGCAAAUGCGCAACGGUUGUGAAACAUCUCUUCUCUGCCCUUCCACACUUCUCCUGGCACACACGUGGGCGACACCUAUUCCUGGCCACAGGUGACAUCAAGGAUUUACCUGUGGAGAUUCAGUCGCAGCCACUACUUGUGUCAUUGGGGGCAUCGUUCUGUGGAGGUCAUGUGGUGGUUCCAAGCCCCAACCUCGAUCCAGAUUUGCAGCCGGGUGGCAAAAUGGAGACCAAGGAGGCUGCAGGCCGUGCACCUGAGCGACAUAUCCUGGCCUUUUGGUUUGGUUCUAUCGAUAAGAUCUGGAGGAAACGUGUGGUGAGCCAGAUGCAGAAGUACCAGGAACAACAGGAACAACAGGAACAACAAACUAGACUCACUAGACCUGUAGUAAUCCAUGGAAUUGAUGGAGACUAUGUCGCGCGAGAUAUUUGGCAAACAACUGCCAGCUCUCCGCAAAUGGUGUUGGAGGAGAUGAUGAGGUCAGAGUUCUGCCCAGUUGUGCAGGGAGAUGUGCCACACCAAAAGAGGCUCUUUGAUGCUAUGCUUACCGGGUGUAUUCCUGUUGUGGUUGCCUUCCAAUCCCACGUCCCUGACUACGUGAGCUGGUGGCUUCCGGGUGGGCCACCGAUUGAACGUAUGGUGCCAUUUUGGGACGCCAUCGACUACCGUAGCUUUGUCGUCGAGGUCUCGGAGUCUGAGGUCAGAGCUGGUAGAUUCAUGGACCGAUUGCUGCGGAUCACUCACUCAGAGAUUCAACAGCGCCGUGAAGCUAUGCGGCACGCGCGGGCAUUGGUGCGCUUUGACUUCUCGGGAUCGGCCCCGGACGCUUUCACAGAAAUUGUGGGCGAGAUCUGGGAAUUUAUCUCUACGCUUGGUGGUCCUUCGCGUUGCCAUGGAAAAGGUAUAGCUGUGCCGUUCAAUGCAACUGGUUUUGAUUGUGGCGUGCCCCCCACCAUUGCUGAGGGCACCCAGAUGUAUGGGCUCAUGGCGUGUUGCCCAUUGGGCGCGACAUCACGUGGUUUCGGUACUCGACUGCGAUGA